AUGGUGGAAGAGAGGGACAUUCCUAAGCUUCCCUAUCUGCAAGCAAUCGUUAAAGAAUCACUCAGACUUCAUCCACCAGGACCUUUGCUCUUACCUCGAGAAUGCUCCAAAACUUGCAAAGUGAUGGGCUACAAAAUCCUGGAAACUACUACUUUAAUGGUGAAUGCAUAUGCAAUUGGAAGAGACCCAAAAGUUUGGAAGGAGCCCCUUAAGUUCAAACCCGAGAGGUUCUUGGAUCACAACUGCUUUGAUGUUGGUGGCAACAACUUGGAGGUUAUUCCAUUUGGAGCAGGAAGCAGGGCUUGUCCUGGAAUAUCUAUAGCAUUCUCCAUACUUCACUUGACGCUGGCAAACUUGGUUCAUGCUUUUCACUGGAGACUGCCUGCUGGAGUGGUGCAUAUUGACACAAGAAACGAGAAAUAUGGACUCACUGUGACCCUAGCAAAGAAGCUGGAAGCCAUCCCUCUCUCCAAAACUAAGUCAUGCUAG